AUGUUUAAUAAUAUAGCAAAAGAAAUUCCAGAAGCUGUCAACUUUAUUAAUUAUGAAAAUCAAAAAAAUAAUUAUAAUGUUAACGUAGAAGUUGGCUCUUCAUAUUAUCAUUAUAAUGACCAAGUAUUAAGUUAUGGAAAAAGUUGUCACAUUGAUUUAGUUUUAGCAGCUGAUAAUGAUGGAGAUAAAAGUAAAAGUCAAAAAAGACACAGUUUUUUUGAAGCUUUGCAAAUAAAAAGACUUAAACUAUCUAAAAAGGCAAUCUUGUCAAAUGAUAAAAAAACAAAGUUUUGGAUUGUUUAUGCUCCAUUUGAUGUUUUAUGCGAUGCUGCUGAGGAUUUAAAGUUACAUCUUCCGACUGUUCAAAAUGAUAUUAAAGUUAAUUUAUGGUAUAGCAAAACAUUAAAGAAACUUCGGGCAUGUUGGAACAGAUAUGACCCUUUUAUAAUAGAAAACUCAUACUUCAAUAAAACCAAAACUUACUUUGCUGAUAUAUUUGACAAGUCACGGUUAAAUGAAUUUUACAAUGGUAAUCACAAGGAUAAAUUAUUUUCUCAAACUGAUCGCUCAAGAAUUGUUUUUCAUAUACUUGAAACAACAUCAUGGUGUUCUAAUUAUCAAAUUAAACGUGGUCUAAGCUAUCUUAUGCAUGAAAAUGUUUUUACUGAUUGUUAUCCAAUUCAUGAUGGUCCUAUUUCAAAAGAUGAUGUAAGGCAAGUUUUAAGUACAAGAAUAAAACUUUAUUUAGAAUGGGGUACUUUCAAGCAGAUUUUUAAAUACCAACCUAUUGAUGCAAUCAAAGACUACUUUGGUGUUAAAGUUGCUUUUUAUUUUGAUUGGUUAGGUUUUUAUACACUUUUUUUAAUUCCUGUUUCGUUUUUGGGAAUAUUAUGUUGUUUAUAUGGAGGACUUUCUUUAAUGUGGUUUGAGCCGACUAAAGAUAUUUGUUCUUUGAAAAACAGUUCUCAAUAUUACAUGUGUCCAUUAUGUGAUAAAGACUGUAAUUAUUUUUAUAUAAAUGAAACUUGUUUGUAUGCUCAAUUAACUCAUAUUUUUGAUAAUGAUGCUACUCCAAUGUUGUCUGUAUUUAUGUCUCUAUGGUCAGUGCUUUAUCUAGAGUACUGGAAAAGGCGCCAGCACAUCCUAUCAUACAAAUGGCACUCAAUGAAUUUUUAUGAGGAGGAAACUUUGAGACCUGAGUAUUGUGAAGCAGCUGUCCAUAAGCAUAUUAACCCAGUUACUAAAGCAAUCGAACCAUUUAUUUCCAAAAAAGAGUAUUUAUUCAAAGUGUGUGGUGAAUUAUCAGUUGUUUUGUUGUUUAUGUGUUUAGUUAUUGCAGCUACGGUUGGAGUUAUUGUUUAUCGUGGAGCUGUUUUUAUUCUUUUAGCUCACUCAAACUCUAAGUUGUUAGUAGCAUGUUCAGCUAGUGUUAUCAGUUUGAUAAUUAUUAAUAUACUACGAAAUUUAUACAAAUGGCUCGCAAAAAAGUUAACAGAUUGGGAAAAUCCUAGAACAAAAAGUGACUUUGAGAAGUCGUUUACAGUGAAAAUGUUUUGGUUUCAGUUUUGCAAUACAUAUUCUUCUGUAUUUUAUGUUGCUUUUUUUAAAAAUUCAUAUUUUGUUGGAUGGCCUGGAGACCGUAAACAUUUUAUGAAUGAAAAUAUCAGAUUAGAGGGGUGCUCAGAACAAGGUUGCUUUUUAGAAUUAUCCAUCCAGUUAGUUGUCCUAAUGGGUGGUCAGCAGUUAGUAAGAAACAUACCUGAGUUUGUAAUGCCCUACUUAAAAAAGAAAUAUAAUAGUUGGAAGCAUUUGACCGAUGGUAGGGAUGUGCCUAUAUUCGAGGAAGAUUAUCAACUUUAUCGGAUUGAAAAGCAUGCAGAACUUUUUUUAUAUGAAGAGUAUGAAGAAGUGGUUCUUCAGUAUGGUUUUGUAACGAUGUUUAUAGCUGCUUUUCCUUUGGCACCAUUGAUCGCUCUUUUUACUAAUUUAAUAGAGAUUCGUAUUGAUGCAAAAAAAUUGAUAACACAGUUUCGUAGGCCAAUAGCCAUGUUGGAAAAAGGUAUUGGUGUGUGGUACAACAUACUUGUUACAGUCACAGCGACCGCAGUACAGCCAAAUAUCAAGAAGACAGCAUGGUUUUCUGUUAUGGUGAAUGGCUGUGUGAUUGCCUUGACCUCGGAAUUUAUUCCACGGACUGUUUACAAAUAUAAAUAUAGUAAUAGUAGCUUAAUUGGAUAUUUGGAUUGGAGUUUGGCUUCUUAUAAUGUCAGUAAUUUUAAAGAGCACGAAAAGCCCUUACAGAAUCCUCAAUACCCAAUAUGUAGAUUUGCUGGUUUUCAUGAGUCUGUAUCACCUUAUGGUUUUAAUAAAAUCUAUUGGGAGAUAUGGGCAGUUCGAUUUGCAUUUGUCUUUAUAUUUCAGUCUGUAGUAUCAGGUACAUCACGUCUUUUGGCUUGGUUUAUACCAGACAAACCUACUUCAUUGUGUCUUAAAAUCAGGAGACAGCGGCAUCUUGCUAAAGAAGCUGAAAAGUUAUAUAAAAUAAAGAUCAGGAAACAAAUAUCUGGCAUCGAUGUCCUUGAGGAUGAUGUUUCAGAAAAUGGAUUUGCUACUGUUAUCUAGUUGAUGUUGCUAAGCAACAAGAUCCAUAGAAGAUUUUUGUAAAUCAGUAUGAAUCUUAUGCUUAGGCAGAAUAAAUUUGCUUCAUGGAUGUUUAUGGUUUUUAGUUACACUUUUUUCUAUUUAUUAUAUUUAUCUUACUUUUAUUUGUUUAACUUUACUUUGUAUAUUAAAAAAAAUUAAAA